CUUUCUCCAUCGUUGGGAAGUAUUGUGAUUGAUGGAUUUGUGUUUGAGAUGUUAGGUUCCAGCUGAUGUUAUUUGGAAUAAGAUUAUUUAUAUUAAUUCAAGUAUCAGAGUGUUUUGUGCGUUGUACAUAUAAACAAUCGCUGGUCCCGUUUUCCGCAUAGUUGUGUGCCUUUUCUUAUAUCUUGUGUAAGUGUUACACAGCCAAACAGAAUAUAUGGGGCUGCGUUGUUUGAGAUUGUAAAAUCGGAUCCUUAUUCGUAUUUCAUGAUAUUAUAUUUGUAUUUCAUGAUAUUAUGUUUGUAUUUCAUGAUAUUAUAAGAAAGUGCCAGAAAGAUGUGGAGUGUCGAAAAGAGCGGACAUCGUUAUUCAGGCUUUGCAUAAGAGAGUUACAGUUCCAUGUCAUUGUAUUACACCCUUUCUAUGUGUUACGAAUGUAUAUCGAUUAGUGUUGCUGUGAAAGACAGAGCUUAUUACGGUCUCUAGUGUCAUUACUGUCCAAGUAAAAGAUAGUUACGCUAACAUAGGUGAACCUCUCAUCUGUCAUCAGUGAAGUGCCGUAUGCCGCCAAGUUAUCAGUUUUCAUAUAUUGUGUUUGGCCUGUCUUCCUGCAUUGGUAGUGAAUUGUUGCUAACAGAUAAAAUUUCAUUUUGGAAGAAGAAAGUGGCACCUGCGGCUUUUUUUAGAGGAGACUGCUCGACUCAAUGCUGCCGUUUCACCCUAACCACUUAAUUUUGACAUGAAUUUUGCGUAAGAAACAGUGCCGAGAGAUCAUACAAGGAUGGACAGGGAAACUUGCAGUACCCCACUAACUGUUCAUGGAACAGUUAGUCCAAAGUCACCUUCACGCUCGCUCACAGGAAGUCCAGUGGAUGACAAGACUUCUGUGUUAACACCUGUUGACCGUGCUUCACCGGAACCAAACUGUGCAAUCUGUCUGGGAAAACUACAAAAUAAAUCCUUCACAAAUAGUUGUUUGCACCAAUACUGCUUCACGUGUCUACUGGAGUGGUCAAAGGUAAAGGCAGAAUGCCCUCUAUGCAAACAAAGUUUCCAGUCCAUAAUACACAAUGUCAGAUCUAUUGAGGACUAUGAUCAGUAUGAUUUAUUACCAAAUGAAACUGCUGCAGCACCCACUGCUACAACCACUGUAUCAGUCACUGCUUCAUACCAUUGGACACUGCGCGACAUGCCAAGAUUUCGAUACAGGACAACAAUGACUGGAAAUAAUGGCAGAUUUCGUAUAGAAGAAGUGAAUCCUGUAGUUCUGCAGCCACUCCCACCAGCGAGACGACCUCAGCGUGCACCCUGGACUCGGUCUCGUAGACAGAUUGCUACUGCAGAAUUCAGACGCUCAAUAUACGAGAGAAAUUUGUGGGUUAUGCCAUUACAUGACAUUACAGGAAGAUACAGGGAAUCUUCUCCAGAAUUUUACAGAAACAAUCCAGCACAGCUGCAUAGAUUGCUUCCUUGGCUUUCUCGUGAGUUGUCGGUGCUUAUAGAGAAUCAGUCACGGUUGGCUUUAGUUUUGGACUGCAUUCUAAAUAUGCUGCAGUACCAUUCAGUUAACAGCAGCAGUAUAAGAAAUUAUCUUCGAAACAAUAUCAACCCUAGGCAUGUUGACCAUUUUAUCCAUGAACUGUGGACAUUUGCACGUUCUCCGUAUGACAUGAUUGGUUUUGACGAGACAGCUGAGUAUGGUUCAUAUGAAGCUCAUACAAUAGAGCUUCCACCUUCACCCCAUUCAGUACGUGAUGAUGAUAGUGAUGUGGUUGUGAUAUCAUCAGAUGACUCAGUUGACUCAUCACAUGAAACUGUUGCAAAUGAGGAUGAUAAUGACAUUGAUGUUGAAGGUGUUGGUGAAGCUUCCCAUCUAUCUUCCAUUAGCAGUCGUUCUGGGAGACAUGGGAAUACUUCACGCCAUACUUCUCAGAGAGUGCAAGCAGGUGAAAGUUUGCAAGAUCAUUUGUAUACAGCAAAUAUAAGAUCACAGGCAUCAGAUGUUGUUUCAUCAAGUGAUUCUGAAGACUGUGUUAUAGUUGGCUAUGUUAAACCAUUGCAUGAAAGAACUCCAGAAAUUGUUGCACUCGAUACAGAUGAAGAUGUUAUAGAAGAGCAAGAACCUUCUUGUGAAACAACUGCAAACUCUAAUAGUAAUAAGAUAAAUGACAAUAACUCAAAUAAGCUGCACAGCUCAGAUACAGUGAGUCCUGUUGCCUCUACCUCAGGAUCUCAGCGAGAAAUGCCUGAUUCCACUGCUGGCUGCUCUAACUACAUUCCGGAUUCAGUAAAAAGUUCCCGUGUGCACCAGCACAAAGAAAAGAAAGUUCGUUCCAGCAGAAGUAGAGUCAAGAUUAACAAGAAGCCAACAAGAGCGAAAAGUUCACAAAGCAGUAGUUCAUCCCCUUUUUCACCAGUUGGUCUAAACCGUUCAAAACAACUUAUCUACAGUAGUUCAGACACACUGAGUAGCAGUCCCAUCAGGCGUCGCAGAUCUAAAGGGAAGCGACUGAAGAAAUUACCUUAUAGCUCUGAUUCAUCGAGUGGAAGUUCUCACAGGUGCCGCAAAGCUAGAGUGAGUAAUUUAAGCAAAUUGUCGUGUAGCUCCGAUUCAUUGAGCAAGAGUCCUGUGAGGCAUCACAUUUCUAAGGAAAGAGAAAGUUCAAGGUAUGCUUAUAAUUCUGGGAGAUCGUCAUUAGAUGAUUAUAGUUAUCCACUUGCUUCAAGGAUUUCUGUAUAUAGCUCACCAUAUUCUUCUGAUGAUGAAAGUAUUUUUGGCACUGAACAUAAACCAAAACUGCGAAGCAUUGUUAUUCCAAAACAAACCAGUACUUCAAAUACUAAAGGUGUGUCAUAUCCCUCAACAUCAUCGACAUCAUCUAGUUCAGUUCGUCAGCAUGAGCCUUCAUUGAAUCCGUGGAAUCUAUCUAGCCGUGGCAGUAAAUCAAAGCAUAAGUCAAGGAGGCAUGACAGGAAAAAGCGGCGAAGAAAGGAGCGAUAUACUUCUUCCUCAUCUUCAGAAGAUUUUGUUGUUCGUCAUACCAAACGGAGGUCUGAAAAUGCCGUAAUUUAUUCAGACUCUGACUAAGGGCUUAAGAGCCACGUGCAUUUUCCUUUUAUUGUAAAUAAUAUAUAUACUGGUGUUCAGUUCAAAGUAUUUCAGUAAGUUAAGCAGUAAUUGUGUAAAUGUUACUGAAGUUGUGUUUUUUUUUUACGUAGUGCGGUGAACAUAAUAAUGUGACAGAUUGCAAUGCAGGAAGACUACAAGAGCCGUACAACAGUGCUUGUAGUGUUUGUAAAUACAGUGCUAACUGCGAUAAUAGAAGUUCGUCAUAAAUCAUCCAGAUGUGUCCUUAUUUAUUUUUUGCGCUGUUUUCUUUUCCACUUGGCCGUGUGAAAGCAUUAUGGGUUGCUGCUGGUUAGAGUAAAGACCAUUUAAAGGUGCUUUGUACUUAAAAUCAUGAUUGCAUUGUAUAUUACUUUGAGAGAACGUCAAAUAUUGUAAAUCUUAACAAAUUGCAUAAAUUUGUGGAUAGGAAGCACAUUGUUAUGCUUUGUCUGUCUCUUGAAUGUGUACAAUUUCAACAAUUACUGUGUAGUUACUGUCUGACCCAUUAAACUGUAUAUAUUUUUACACUGCAAAACGCGUGAGUCACUUUGAUCGUGGGAUGGUAUGAAUAGUUUUGCUGUGUAUAAGAAGAGAAUGCUGUGUUUCAGGCGUCUCUUACUUGAGUAGUAUAAUUGGGUGUUCAGUCAUCUUUAUUGUAAAAGUUACUUGAUAAUGCAGAUGACCUGUAUCUUUGAUUUAUUGUGUUACUUGUUUUGACUUGUGUUACAACUUCAAAUUAUGUUCAGUGAACUUAAUUUGCUGUAGUUUGAUCACUAAAGCCGGGAAGCAACAACUUUGUGUGACAGAUACUAUUUUAUUAUUGUGGUCAAAAUUUUUUGAAAAAUAUGAGGAACUAGUGGAAAAAUUCUUCCAUAAAUGUUGAAGGAUAGAAACAAGUAGCUAUUGUGAUAAAAGGUGGAAAUUUCUGUUUCUUUGUAUAAUGAAAACAAAUAUUUCAAUUCAAGUAUCUUUACAAAACUUGUAUAUACUUACAUUCUAUUUUUAAGCUAUCAUGAUUUUAUGAAAUACAUUUGAGCAAAAAUUUUGGGUAUUCCGAAUUAUACAGAAUUCAUUUCAAAGAAGGCAAUUUUUCUGACAUAAUGACGAAUUUUGAUGCAUUGAUUUUGUUCAUGUUGCUCAGACUCAUUUUUUGGUGAAUUAACAAGUCAUUAUCAUUCUGCGUUCAGUGCAGACCUAUGUAUCAAAAACUGUUUUAGCCAUUUGUGCCAAUUUUCCUAUUUAAUUUAGAAUGUAGGAAAUUCAACAGGGGAAAGUUCUAAUCCCUUACACAUGACUGUUGACAUUAAUGACUUUAGUAAAUGAAGUGCUUUGUCUAUUGUCAGCAUACAUUUUUCUUCCUCUUUCCCCACACUGCACUGUAGAAACAUCCUCUGGAGCUUGAGUGUUAUAAUCAAGUUAAGUAUUGUUAGAUGCAUAUUUGCAAUCUUUUGUGUUCCAUAUUUUGCAUUGUAUCUUGAAAAAUAAAUAAUAAAUCAGUG